AUGUUUCAAAAUUUUUUCCACAACAGUGGGCCCACAGGUGCUGGUGAAACGUUCUCAGAUAGCAGAUCGUACCCUUUAACGAAUCAUCAGGAAGCACCUCGAAGUGGCUUCAAUGAGCCGGCUUCAUCUGCAGCUAAGCCACCACACGAACAACCUACACGCAUAUUAAAUUCAUAUCCAAUUGCUGGUCCCAAUCCGCUCAUGAGAGCGGGUGCUAUGGGGGCGACCUCUGGCAGCAUCAAUCCUAAUAUGUCCAAUAUGAAUGAGCACAUUCGUGUUUCUGGGAUGGGGACUUCGAAACCACUAGAUUUGGCGGGGAAGUACAUUGACCAUCUACAACAUAAGGAUAGUAGCACUCCAGUACUAGAUGAAAGGUCUUAUUAUAAUAGUGGGGUGGAUUAUAACUUCAGUAGAGAGAAAAAUGGUUUAGGUGCGUUUACUCCUUUUGAAAGACAGAGCGUGUUCAAAAUACCGGACGAAGUUCUGCAUGAUCUUUCGACUUCACAGACAAGGACAGAUAUGGGUAUUUUUCCGGAGUUGAACCGAUGUUGGAUAACUAUCGAUAAUAAGCUAAUACUCUGGAAUAUUAACAAUGAUAACGAGUAUCAGGUGAUAGAUGAUAUGAAGCAUACCAUCCGAAAAGUUGCCCUAGUGAAACCUAAACCGAACACCUUUGUGCCUACCGUUAGACAUAUACUUUUGAUAUGCACAACAAUGGAUAUUUUUAUGUUUGCUAUCUCUUUAGACAAGACCACUAACGAACUAAGUGUAUUCAAUACACAUUUAUCUGUCCCUGUGCAAGGGGUUGAUAUAAUAGACAUUGUGUGUCAUGAAAGAUCAGGUAGGAUUUUCUUCGCUGGCCAAGGAAGUGGUCUCAAUAUCUGGGAGUUGCAGUAUUCAAGCUCCGAUGAUUGGUUCAAUAGCAAAUGUAGCAAAGUUUGUUUAACAAAAUCUGCCUUAUCAAGUUUUUUACCAACUAACAUGUUAUCCCAGAUUCCAGGUAUUGAUUACGUUCAAGCGCUCUUCGAAGACAAUACUAACGGUGAUGGUGGAUUUCAACAAGAGACUAUUAUACAAUUAACUAUCGACCAACAAAGAGGCAUCAUUUAUUCAUUAUCUUCUAAAUCCACUAUCAAAGCAUACGUCAUAACAGAGAAAUCACUGGAAGGACCCAUGUCCAUUGAACCUGCCUAUAUCAGUAGGAUCAUAGGUACCACUACAGCAAGAGCCGCACCAAUUUUAGGCCAUAAAUACCUCAAAAUCGUGAAGAUAAGCUCUGUCACACCUGAUGAAAACAAUAACCUGUUUUUGGUUGCCUUAACAGUGGGUGGGGUACGCUUAUACUUCAAUGGUUCCAUGGGCAGAUUCAACAUUGAGGCCUUAAGGCUUGAAUCAAUCAAGUUUCCACCAAGUUCCGUAACACCCGACGUCAUCCAACAAGAAUUGUUACAACAAGAACAAGAACAAGCAAAAAGGAGCUUUCCUUUUUUUUCAAACAUAAUGUCUUCAGAACCAGUACUUUUGAAAUUUCAAAAGAAGUCAUCUGUAUUACUAGAGACUACAAAAGCGAGUACUAUUAUUUCUCCAGGUAUUUUUUUUUCCACUGUGGUUAAAUCAUCUCAGCAAAUAGAGCAGGCAAAUAAAAAAGAAAAAAUUUCCAAUACUGUAACUACGGGUAUUACCACCUCUAAAGUCACCAAGCUCCCACCGGCCACCUUACAACAUAAGCUUUUUGUUAGUGUUCCAGAUUAUGGUAUUUUGAAAACACACGGUAAGUAUGUUGAAAAUGCCACGUUCUUGGAAACUACAGACCCAGUCCAACAGGUUAUUCCUUUAUCAGGGUUGUUUAACGCAACGACAAAGCCACAAGGAUUUGCUAAUGAAUUUGCAACACAAUACACAUCAGAAACCUUAAGAGUAGCAGUCUUGACUAAUACUUCUGUGGAAAUCUAUAAAUACCGUACUCCUGAUGAAAUUUUUGAGGACUUAAUCGAUAAUCCAUUACCAUUUGUAUUAAAUUAUGGUGCCGCGGAGGCUUGCUCCACUGCGUUAUUUGUUACUUGCAAAUCAAACAAAUCGGAGAAAUUAAGAUCUAAUGCCUUAACUUUCUUAACUAUGGGAAUUCCCGGCGUCGUUGAUAUCAAACCUGUUUACAAUCGUUAUUCUGUAUCCACAGUAUCCUCCUUGUUAUCAAAACCUACCUUAGCCACUACAACAAAUCUUCAGCAAUCAUUAACUGGAUUUAAUAGACCCUCCUCUACGAAUAAGGAAGAUUUUGAUUUAGAUGACGUAAUAUUAUCACCUAGAUUUUACGGUAUUGCAUUGUUAAUUACGAGAUUAUUCCGGGAUAUUUGGGGUAGACACGUCUUUACGACUUUUACAGAGAACACUGUAACACACCGUGCAUAUAAUCCUUCUAUUUCAAUCGGUUCGUCUAAUAAUAAUUUGAAGGCAGAUGCCAUCUCACAGAAUAAGAACGUAAUAUCGAAGGUAUCUAUUUCCAAAGAUUGCAUCGAGUAUUAUCUAUCUUCAGUUAACAUUUUGAAUGAAUUUUUCACCACUUAUGGUGACUCUAUUUCCCAAAUAUCAGCUCCCUACCUACUAGCAAAUAAUUCUAACAAUAGAAUUGUUGAUAAAACAGAAGAAGUUGCGAACCAAGCGGAGAGUAUAGCUAUUAACGCCCUGAUAAAAUUAGUGCAGUCAAUUAAAGAAGGCUUAUCUUUCUUGAACGUGUUAUAUGAGGAAAGCGAAGUCGAAGGAUUCGAUAACCAAUACCUUGGAUUUAAGGAUAUUAUCAGUUUUGUAAGCUCAGACGUCCAACAAGAUUUGGUAAAACUAGACUUUAAAGAUCUAUUCACUCAGAAUGACAAAACGAAAUCUUUAAUUAGAGAAAUUUUGCUCUCUAUUAUCAAUAGAAAUAUUACUAAAGGCGCGUCCAUAGAGUAUACUGCAACAGCUUUACAAGAACGGUGCGGAUCGUUCUGUUCUGCAAGCGAUAUAUUAGGAUUCAGAGCUAUUGAGCAUCUCAGAAGGGCUAAAGAAAUCGGUUUGCGCAAUUACGAUUCGCUAAAUUAUCACUUGAAGAAUGCUACUGCUUUGCUUGAACAAAUCGUGGACGAUCUUUCUAUCGACAAAUUAAAAGAAGCCGUAUCAAUGAUGUUAAGUGUAAAUUAUUAUCCAAAAUCUAUUGAGUUCCUCCUGAAUAUCGCCAACUCAAUGGAUAAAGGUAAAUUAGCUUGUCAGUAUGUGGCGAAUGGAUUUUUAGAAAAUGACGAAAGGAAGCUGUAUUAUGAUAAACGUAUUUUAGUCUACGACUUGGUUUUUGAGACUUUGAUAAAAGUUGACGAACUUGCCGACAAAAAUCCAUCAUCUAAAACCAAAAAUCAGGUUUCGAUAUCCAAUGACGAUGAGGUGAAGCUGAGACAAAAAAGUUAUGAAGUUGCACUUAAAUAUAACGAUAAAUUGUUCCACUAUCAUAUGUAUGAUUGGCUUGUAUCUCAAAACAGAGAAGAUAGAUUAUUAGAUAUCGAAACUCCAUUCAUACUUCCUUAUCUAAUGGAAAAGGCAGGCAGCUCAUUAAAGAUAUCAAAUAUCCUUUGGGUAUAUUAUUCAAGAAGAUCUAAGUUUUUCGAAUCUGCUGAAAUACUUUACCAAUUAGCUACGUCGAAUUUCAACAUCUCAUUGUUUGAAAGAAUCGAGUUUCUUUCACGUGCUAAUGGCUUUUGCAACAGUGUGUCCCCAUUAAGUCAGAAACAAAAAAUUGUACAAUUAGCCAGUAAAAUCCAAGAUGCAUGUGAAGUUGCUGGUAUCCAAGGAGAUAUAUUAUCACUUGUGUAUACGGAUGCAAGACUAGAUUCUACUAUUAAAGAUGAGUUAAUCAAAACUUUAGAUGGUAAAAUCUUAAGCACAAGUGAAUUGUUCAAUGAUUUCGCUGUACCCUUAAGUUAUCAUGAAAUUGCCCUAUUCAUUUUCAGGAUAGCAGAUUUUAGGGAUCACGAAAUGAUUAUGGUCAAGUGGGAUGAACUUUUUCAAUCUUUGAGAAUGGAGUUCAAUAAUACAGGCAAGAAAGAAGAUUCAAUAAACUUCAUUAAUUUAUUGUCUAAUGUUUUAAUUAAAAUUGGUAAAAAUGUCCAAGAUUCAGAGUUCAUUUUCCCUAUUUUUGAGCUUUUUCCCAUUGUUUGUAAUUUUUUCUACGAGACACUACCUAAAGAGCAUAUUAUACCGGGGUCCAUGGUUUCAAUCUUCAUAACAGCAGGUGUUUCUUUCAACAAAAUGUACUAUAUUCUAAAAGAACUGAUCGAGACACUAGACUCAGAUAAUUCUGUAUUCAAUAAAGAAAUGACUUGGUUGAUUCACGAAUGGUAUAAGUCGGACAGAAAAUUCAGAGAUAUAAUAACCUACAAUGACAUAAUUAAUUUGAAGGAAUACAGCAUUGAGAACGAUCCAAUUGAAAAGUACGUUAAAAAUACAGGCAAUAAAUUGGGCAUUUGUUUCUAUAGAGAAUAA